AUGGGUCGUUGGUGUUCCUGUUCGAAUUGGAAUGUGGCGACUUGGUUCUUCUCUGGUAUGGCAGUGGACUUGAAGUUCAUUAUGAGAAGUUCUUUCCUCCGUUUGUUGUCCUUCGAUGCUUUGUGCAUUGGCUGGAUUGGAUUUUUGGUUGUUCUUGGGUUCUUUGUUGUGAUGCGGCUUGGUUUACAUCGCGAGAACCUUGUUAAAGAGUUUCAAGGUUCAUUAGAGACGGCGGUUUCGUCUAGGAGGAGGCAGUUUCUUUGGUUGUUCAUUGGUGCUCACAUGUCGUCGGUUCCGUUUUUACAUUUAGUUUCUGGAGAAGCUGAAGUGUCCUUUUGCUAUGAGGUUUGA